AAACAGGUGAACUAUCAAGCAAUAUGAAGUAUUUCCUAGUUAUUCUAGCCGUAGUAGCACCCCUGACUGCAGCAGCCAGUCUGGGCGAGGAGAAGCCGAAGCCUAACGCCUUCGUCCAGUCCCUAAGGGACAUGCAUCGGGGUCCUCCAGUGGAGCCCUCAAAGUUGAGAGUCAAGGUGGAGGAACGUUGGAUCGACCAGUGGCUGGACAAUUUCGAUGAUCAGAACAAUGCCACUUGGAAGGAUCGCAUCUUCAUUAACGAGCACUACUUUGUCGAUGGUUCGCCCAUCUUCAUUUACCUGGGUGGUGAAUGGAAGAUUUAUCCCGAUUCCAUCACAUCUGGUCUCUGGAAGGACAUUGCCAAGAAGCACAACGGUUCUCUCGUUUACACCGAACAUAGGUUCUUCGGAGAUAGUAUCCCAAUAACCCCCCUCUCUACUGAGAAUCUGCAAAAGUACCAAAGCGUCGAACAGGCCUUGGCCGAUGUUAUCAAAGUCAUUGAGACCCUAAAGGAGGAGGACAAGUACAAGAACUCCAAGGUUGUGGUCUCCGGCUGCUCCUACUCGGCCACGAUGGCCGCCUGGAUUCGAAAGCUCUAUCCUGACACCAUUAAGGGCAGCUGGGCCUCAUCGGCUCCGAUUCUGGCCAAGGUGGACUUUAAGGACUACAUGAAGGUUGUGGGCAAGGCGUAUGCAACUCUUGGCGGACAAUAUUGCUACGAUUUGAUUGACAAUGCCACUGCCUACUAUGAGGAUCUCUUUGACAAUGGAAAGGGCAAGCAGGCCAAGGAGGAGCUGAAUUUGUGCGAUAAUUUCGAUGUUGAUAGCGAGCAGGACCGCUGGCAAAUCUUCAGCACCAUUGCCAAUAUCUUUGCUGGCAUUGCGCAGUACCAAAAGCCUGAGAACUAUGACAUUCCCCAGUACUGUUCGGUGCUGCGAUCCUUCAGCGACGACGAUUCCGUGGCCCUGUCCAAGUUUAUUAACUGGAGAAUCCAUGAGCAUUCUGGCGAAUGCAUCAGUGCCACCUACCAGGGAGCUGUGGGAUACUACGAAUGGUCCAAGGAGAACUACGAAGACAGCGAUCUGCCCUGGAUCUUCCAGACCUGCAGCGAGUUCGGUUGGUUCCAAUCCUCGGGCAGCAGCCACCAGCCCUUCGGAUCCACUUUCCCUGCCACUCUGUACGAGGACACCUGUGAGGGUGUCUUUGGCUCCAAGUACGACUCGGCUGGCAUCCAUGCCAAGAUCAGGAAUACCAACAAUGUGUUUGGUGGCCUGGACGUGAAUGCCACCAAUAUUUACUUUGUGCAGGGUGAGUUGGAUGGCUGGAGCAAGGUGGGCGCUGGAGUUGCCCAGGGAGCCACCAUUAUCCCCUUUGCCUCGCAUUGCCCCGACCAGACAUCGAUCAGUGCCUCCGACAGUGCCGAGCUGGUGGCCUCUAAGAAGAAGCUAAUCAAACUGGUGGCCGAGUGGCUGGCUGAUGAGUAGAUAUAAUUAUGCCUAAAUAUGUUUUUUAUUAAUGCCUUUAAGGCGGCCCAAAAUUGUAAUCAAUAAAUAGAAUAUUUAUUAAUCAUA